AUGUUUAGGCAUAACUGUCAGCAAGAACCAAAGAAGCAGUGGAAGCUCAAAGAAGGUGCUGGGGCAGAAGAUGAGUGUACUGGUGAGGAGACACAUGUUGUUAGGGAUGAGUGUGAUGCAGCUAUAGACCAGGUAGUUGUGGGUGUGGAAGAGGCACAGGGUGCUGCUGUUGUUGGUAAUCUAGGAAGUGAUGAGGAAGGCAAUGAAGUGGCUGAUCCUCAGGGAAGCAAAGUUAUACAGAGCAAAGAGGUUGAGAUUCCUAUUCUUUUAGUAGAAGAUGGCAAAGCUCCUUCCUCAAUUGGGAGCCCGCCACUGAGUUUUGCCCAAAUUGUAAGGGGAUCACCGCCUUUGGGUGGGAGUCCUUCUGAGAUUGGGCAUUCAACUGAGCUUGGUAAGCCACCAUAUUCUGGGAGUUUACAGGCACAGUUGACUCAGGUAGUUGCAUCAAACUCAAUGCUUGUUUCAAAAGUGAUGUCAAGUUAG